GGGUCAAUUCGCUGCAGAUGAUCAAGGAUUGCCCCGGAGACCGUUUAGAGAAGGGUUUGAGAGAGCAAGAUGCACCUCUUAUGCUCGAGCACUGCUUGCGAACGCUCUCCCUUUGCGAGAUUGACAUCUCGCUGUCGAGUGCCGGGGACGUCGGGGACACCUUGCGACGCAUCACUGGACUCGCGAUGAACUCCCCACAUCCUCGCGAUGCCGAGCUGCCGGAGGUCAAGAACAACAGUCCUCUUGUUCAGCUCUGUGCCCUCUCCGCAUGUGCUUACCUUCACUUCUACGGGCACUGGCUCAUCCCGAACUCCGGCUCCCUACACUCCAUCAAGACUUCUCACGACGUCCACAACGCUGCGUUCACCGCGAACGCUUGCAUACAAAACGGUUUCGUGCCACCCAUAGCGCUGCACAUCGCCUCUUGGUUGAGGACAGGGACGGCGCGCUUCGGCUUGGAUGUUUGUGAGAUAGAGCGAUUCAAGAAGCUCGAGUUUCUAUGGAAGGCACACGACGAGUAUCUUGCCAGCCUUCACGCGCUGGAAGCGUUGCGGCUCAAGAAAGUCGAGGAAGCGCCACAUCUCUACCGGUGCGCCAACGAUGGAUGCGACAUUCGAGCAUACAGCAAGAGCGCACUGAGGCGAUGCGGAGGCGGCUGUCCGCCGGAGCGCAAGGCCCACUAUUGCAGCGAGUACUGUCAAAGACGAGACUGGGUGAACCAUCGCAAAGACUGCAAACCACCGCCUCCAACUAGGCCUCCCAGCGAGUUGCCGCCCACUGUGACCUUGGAUCACAAUACGCGAGACCAGUUGACCCGGUGCCUUUCGCUGAGAAGCCCUUUUUUCCACUCCGAGAUCAUAUCAGAGGACGGGAAUCCCCUCGAUGACGCGAGGAACGGAAUUAUGCUCCCCACGCAGGAUAUGCAAUCCCCUCAUGUCCCUGGUCAAAUGGUAUCGCGUGCUAACACAGUCUACAUAUAA